GCAGAGUGCAGUGGGCACAAGGCUUAGCCCCCUUAAACUUCUGCUCAGAUUCAUUUACAGUCUUUGGGAUUUGAUAUCUCGCAAGCGUUUUAUGGUGGGGUGGGUCCAUGAAAGAACAACAACCACUGUUAACAAAACGUGGUGGUGUGGGGGUAUCUCUGGUUCAUGUUGCUGGAGCAAAUGAAGGCAUCAGUACAACCCCACAGCUGCAUUCAUCUUGAUAUUUCUGAGCCAACAUUUCCAACAGAAACUGAGUACAGAAUUGGACAGCUGUACAUGAUCAGCAAGCACAGCCAUGAGCAGAGUGACCGAGGGGAGGGUGUGGAAGUGGUGCAGAAUGAGCCCUAUGAAGAUCCCAACCAUGGCAAUGGUCAGCUAACAGAAAAACGAGUCUAUCUCAACAGCAAACUGCCUAGCUGGGCUAGAGCGGUUGUUCCCAAAAUAUUUUAUGUUACAGAGAAGGCCUGGAAUUAUUAUCCUUACACAAUCACAGAAUACACAUGUUCGUUUUUGCCUAAAUUCUCCAUUCAUAUAGAGACAAAAUAUGAAGACAACAAAGGAAGCAAUGACAGUAUUUUUGACAAAGAAGCUAAAGAUCUGGAGCGAGAAGUCUGCUUUAUUGAUAUUGCCAGUGAUGAGAUUCCCGAGCGCUAUUACAAGGAAUCAGAGGAUCCCAAAUACUUCAAGUCCCAGAAAACUGGGAGAGGCCAAUUGAAAGAAGGCUGGAGAGAGACCCAUCAGCCAAUUAUGUGUUCCUAUAAACUUGUGACUGUGAAAUUUGAAGUCUGGGGACUUCAAACCAGAGUAGAGCAAUUUGUACACAAGGUGGUCAGAGACAUCCUCCUGAUCGGUCACCGGCAGGCGUUUGCCUGGGUGGAUGAGUGGUAUGAUAUGACUAUGGAUGAUGUUCGAGAAUACGAGAAAAAUAUGCAUGAAAAAACCAACAUUAAAGUUUGCAACCAACAUUCAUCUACUGUGGAUGAAAUAGAGAGCCAUGCCAAAGCAAGAACAUGACAAUGGAUGAAGUCCGAGAGUUUGAACGAGCCACUCAGGAAGCUACCAACAAGAAGAUUGGGAUUUUCCCACCGG